AUGCAUCCACGGGCCGAUACCUCAAAUCUCUGUGCAGGAGAAAUACAUAAAUCCGAGACUCGUCAGUCAGUCCUCAUGGAGGUGAUCGUCUCAACUGAGGGCCCAGCUCUCGGCAAGGCCGACAAUCUCUCUCAGAUCAGAGAGGAAGACGAAGAAGAGGAAAGGAGAGAAAAGAGGGAGGGAGAACAGCAGGAGGCGAAUGAAGAAAAUGAAGAGAUGGUAGAAGAAGUGAGUGACACGAAAGGAGAGGGAAGAGGCGAGCCGUGUCGAUCUGAGCAUAGUGACGCGAAAGAAUCGAGUAAAGAAGGCGCGAUGGAAUCUAGCGUUCUUCAGAGAACGGCAAUGGCAACUUCUGAAAGAGUGUUGAAGAAGCAGAAAAAAGCGAGCUCGAAUGAGAAGGAUUCAUCGCAGAACCAUGCGCUAAAUGUGGAGCAAGAUGGGCAUUUGGGCAGAGUCAGGGAGUCGGUCAAGACAGAUCCCUCAGAAAGUAGCGCUUCGAGAGCGCGAAGACAGACAGACUCUGAGGACGAAGAUACAUUGCCUGCCCUGAGCAUCAACUGCGCCCAGCAAAAGAGCGUGUUGCAGGUGAUUGACAAAGGAAGCGACCAGCGAAAUCUCUGGACCAAUUCACAUGCGACCAGAUUAAGACACGAGAAGUCAAAAGAACAUCACAUAAAAGGUGAAUUGAAGAUAAGCUAG